UGAAUGUUUGUUUAUGGCAAACGGCAUAUUAUAGAUGACCGUAUUUGAUUUACAUGCCGGGUACCAAAGCCUUUUGAUUAAAUGAGACAACAGUGUAUAGUAAGUCCUGCUGCGAUUUAACGUUGCGGUUUGGGAUAAACAUACAGUGCGCUGGCGCGCGGACAUCCCGGAUAGUACAGAUGCCAGGUGACUUCUGACACCUUUGCAUCCAGCAUCUUGCUCAAUGAUUUGCUGUGAGGCCAUGUCGGGUAUGAACAUCAUCAAUGAUAUUCUGCAUAGGCAGAUCAGGGACAAGAGGGCACUGGGUUUCCAGAGACACUAUCAUGUGACUGACCCCUUUAUCAAGCGACUGGGGCUGGAGGCGGAGCUACAGGGCCACUCUGGGUGUGUGAACUGUCUGGAGUGGAACGAAAGAGGAGAUCUGUUGGCUUCAGGUUCAGAUGACCAGCAUGCUAUCGUAUGGGAUCCUUUCAGACACAAGAAACUCAUCACCAUGCACACAGGACAUGCAGCAAACAUCUUCUCAGUGAAGUUCCUCCCUCACUCCGGCGACCGUAUCCUCGUCACGGGAGCUGCUGACACCAAGGUUCACGUCCACGAUCUGACGGCAAAGGAGACCAUUCACAUGUUCUCCGACCACACCAACCGGGUCAAACGCAUCGCCACUGCUCCCAUGUGGCCCAACACCUUCUGGAGCGCUGCGGAGGAUGGGGUCAUCAGGCAGUACGACUUGAGGGAGAGCAGCAAGCGCUCGGAGGUGUUAAUCGAUCUAACCGAAUACUGCGGGCAGUUGGUGGAGGCCAAGUGCUUAGCCAUCAACCCUCGCGACAACAACUACCUAGCGGUGGGCGCGAAUGGGCCCUUCGUCCGUCUCUACGACAUUCGGAUGAUCCACAAUCACAGAAAAGCUAUGAGUCAGAACACCUCAGCGGGCGUGCAUACGUUCUGUGAGAAGCAGAAACCUAUUCCGGACGGGGCAGGACAGUAUUAUGUGGCAGGACACCUUCCGGUGAAAUUGCCCGAUUAUAAUAAUCGACUGAGGGUACUGGUGGCCACCUACGUCACGUUCAGCCCUGACGGCACCGAGCUCUUGGUCAACAUGGGUGGAGAACAGGUCUAUUUAUUUGAUCUGACGUUCAAACAGAGGCCGUAUACAUUUCUGCUCCCUAAGAAAUGCCAUUCGUCCUCAGACGUGCAGAAUGGGAAGACUACCAAUGGUGUUUCCAACGGAAUCCAUCUACCCGCUAGCCGACUCCGAUUUGCCAAUAGUAAGGUCUCCAGUUCAGGGGAGCUUCCCCCUCACAUCGAGAGAAUAAAACAGAAGGCAAAUGACGCGUUUGCUCGGCAGCAGUGGACCCAGGCCAUUCAGCUGUACAGCCUGGGGAUUCACGAGGCCAGUCACAACGCAAUGCUCUAUGGCAACCGGGCCGCCGCCUACAUGAAGCGCAAGUGGGAUGGCGACCACUACGACGCACUGAGAGACUGUCUGAAAGCCCUGUCGUUAAACCCCGGCCAUCUGAAAGCCCAUUUUCGCUUAGCGCGCUGCCUCUUCGAACUGAAGUACGUGGCCGAGGCCUUAGAGUGCCUUGACGACUUCAAGGGGAAGUUUCCAGAACAAGCCCACAGCAGCGCCUGCGACGCCCUCGAUAAAGACAUCAAGGCGGCCCUUUUCUCCAAAACGGACUCUUCGGACGACAAGAAGGGGAACAGCUCGAUUCGCUUCCACAACUUCAGCCGAAAGGAGUCUAUUCCGGAAGACGAGAUCGUCCUCCGAGAGCGGAGCUUCGACUAUAAACACCGUUACUGCGGUCACUGUAACACUACCACAGACAUCAAAGAGGCCAACUUCUUUGGCAGUAACGGACAGUAUAUCGUGAGCGGUUCAGACGACGGCUCUUUCUUCAUAUGGGAGAAGGAAACCACAAAUCUAGUUCGGAUCCUGCAGGGUGAUGAGUCCAUAGUCAACUGUCUACAGCCUCACCCCAGCUACUGCUUCCUGGCCACCAGUGGCAUCGACCCAGUGGUACGGCUAUGGAACCCCAGACCUGAGACCGAGCACGAGAACGGGCGUGUGGUGGAGGACAUGGAGGGCGCGGCUCAGGCCAAUCAGAGGCGUAUGAACGCCGACCCGCUGGAAGUGAUGCUCCUGAACAUGGGCUACCGGAUCACGGGCCUGAGCAGCCGGGGUCCGGAAGGUUCCGACGAGGAAGACAGCUCUGAGGGCCAGGUGCAGUGUCGCCCCAGCUAGAGACUCAUCGCCUCCGUCUCUCCCCGCGGAGGUCGAGUUCCCCCAUCACGUGCCCCACCUAUACCCCCGCACCCCCCGACCUUUCUCAUCUCUCAACGCUGUCUGUGUGUGUGUAUUUUGUGUGUGUAUUGUGUGCGUGUGCGUGUGUGUGUGUGUGUGUUCCUGAGGGGUUCGGGGACAAGGCACCAUAGACGUUGUGUUUCAGUGUUCUUGUGUCCCCUCGAAAACGAACGCAAUAUCGAGUGAAUGUCACAGCUAUGCACUAUGCACCACCAUCCUGGGAGAAGAAUGGAGAAUUGAAUAGCAGUUUGGCAAAAAGGGGAAAGAAUAGUGAAUUAAAAAAGAAAAGAAAAAAAAAAAAAACUAACGGGGGCGGGAGGCCUUCAGAGACCUGCACAACACCAAACCCUAAACCCUCAGCACUUUCUGUCUCUCUUAUCUGCUGCUGAGGAUCCAACCAUCAUAAGGAGAUUCUGUGGAGCAUACUUCAAAAAAAAGCCCCUCCCCCCAAACCCCUGACCCCCCCUCACCCUUCCACGCUCUAAAGUCAAAGCACUUAGCUUCAACUUCUAAACUAAAGACACCGAUUCUUUUUUUUUUUCUUCAUUAAGGACCGAAGUGAGAAGAAGUCUUCACCGUUCUUAAUGCUAACCAGCAGGUAGCUCAAAGCUGGGUUCCAAAGUCAUAGUUCUCCUCAGUGUUCUGCCCAUUUCUUUGUACGAAGUGAUUUUUUUUUUUUUUUGCUCUUGUUCAUUUCUGAUGUAGGGCUUGCUAUUUGCUAUGGGACUCUGUUGGUCUUCAUCUUGUGGAGACCGUGAUCCUA